AAAGAAAACCCGCGGCGUGGCUCUUCAAACAAUUUAUAUACAGCAAGCGGAGCGGUAUUGCCGGAUAUUGUAAGMUUGUGAACUGUAAAAAGAUUGGGCUGCCUUCUCUAUAAUCUUGGGACUUCUUCCAAGAUGUGAGAAGUCAUAAAACGCCUACCGUUCAGUUUAGAGUGRUGACCUAAAUCCAGUCCUUUCAAACAAUCUGAUAAAGGAAAAACGGCUUUACAAGUGAGGUGCCCAAAGCAUCUUUCUUCGCAACACCUGCAACGACCAUUUACGCCAUGCUCGACCAAGAACAUAYAAGAAAACUAAGCUUAGAACUGGCUAACCGAUCAACCUUCCAAGUCGUUGCAGAGACAUUGACUUUAAUCAUCAUUUCUUUAGUCGCUUUGGUUGGCAAUUCGUGUGUUUUGUACGUGUUCUUAAAGUCACCAAGUUUUCGCAGUGUAACCAACUACUAYCUCAUCGCGCUCUGUUUGUCCGAUGUGYUGUAYUCAUUAAUCACAGUGCCGAUGGUUACACUYGCAGCAGCCUUCAGCAAAGAUGUACUCGGRCCUAGAGUUGGAAUAGCUUCAGGGUUUCUUGGUUAUUCCUUUGUUUCUGGAUCGUUACAGACGACAACGCUGAUCGCAGUCAACAGAUUCUUCUGUGUGGUAAAACCAGAGACUUACCGCAAAUAUUUCAAACCAAAGCCCGCCCUGCUCAUGAUCAUUGGGAUGUGGGUAUUUUCGGUGUUUAAUGCUGGAGGAGUCUUUCUUGUUGGCAUCGCGAGCUUUGAGUUUUAUCCUGGUAGAUUUGCUUACCUUYUCUCCUUCAAGGAUMACACUACUGAAGUARUCUACAGCUUUGUGGCUUUCUUUCUAUUUGCCAUCGCACCCAUGUCUAUUGCUGGAAUCAGUUACUGGAAAAUCUAUAAAGUUGUACAGGGGCACCAGAAUGCUGURGCAUCGUCGCUGAACACUGGMCCCUCCACAAACAGCCCAACUUUGACCAGAGAAGAAAUCCGCAUCACUAGAUCAGUGCUGGCGCUUGUGUGUGGCUUUGUAAUCUGCUGGUUUCCCUGCAGUAUUGUCAACAUCGUUUCUGUAUUUCACAACCUCUCUCGUUAUGCYGAGAUGAUAUUUAUAUACACUCCCUCGCUUAGCACGGCAAUCAAUCCCAUCAUUUUUAACAUAUUCAACAGGCCUUUUAGAAGAGAGUUUCUUAGUAUCUUUAGCAGAAGAGCUGUCAUAAGAGUUGGAGCGACUAAAAGUGAACAAGUUACAACUUCAUCGCGUACAUAGUGUUGUAUURGGGACAGCUUUUUGCGCAGUAAAUGUCCAAU